AAUGGAGAGCUUGAUUCACGAAAAUUCAGAGUUUCAUCUCUUGGAAGAAUUCAGUUAACAAAUGGUGUAAUCACCCAAGGUUCAUUACAUAUUGGUAUCGAAAAAUCGCUUGAGAAGGAUAUCUUGUUCAUCGCUUGGUGGCGUUAG